CAAAUAUUAUGUGGGCGACGGUGCGUGGUAGAUUCUAGUGGAAUCGUGGAAAAAAAAUCGAAGGGAAAAGUGUCGUUUUGAAUUAAUAGGUUUACUCGCCCGGGCAUCGCCAUGAUUUUGGAGGACCAGCUACAUUUGAAGUUGAUCGAAGUCAACAAUGAGGAGGAUUACAGGCUGAUGCUGAGGAACGAAGAGGACGCCCUCUACCCUCCCUGGUUCUUCACGUGGGUCGAGAAAAACCAGCUCUCCGCGUUCGCCUGGCCGCAAACCAGAGGCAAUCUGGAAUACCUCUGGAAAAUCGGUAGGCAAGCUUUACUGUUAUCAACUGAAUGAGUGCACGAUCGAAUGGGUCUGGGCAGAUCGGGCGUGAUGGUGGCGAUUUAUCUAAUGUAUUUCCAUGGUAUGUCAGCGGAAAGAGCCAUUUUCAACCUGAGGUACAGCAGGCCUGGUUCUUUGGACAGCGAGUGCCAGGAGGAAUGCGUUCUGAAUUACAGACCUGCUGCUAAAAUGGCCAACGAAGAAAGAUUGAGGAGGAUCACGAGCCGUGGGGAGCACUUCUUGAGUUUCUUGAAGGCGGAUGAAAGAUCUGAUUUCAGCCAGCAGCCUUCGAAUUUUUCGUGGAUAGUCGAGGACCAAUUGGCUGCAAUGGCAUUCCCGAAUUCCCUUGCAAACUUGGAAUAUUUAUAUCAAAAUAAUAUUAAACAUUUGAUAACCUUAUCCGAUGACUUUGUACCGCCUGUAGACGAAUACAAGAAAAUAGAAUGGACUUUAAUACCGGUGGAGGAAUUUCGCCCGCCCAGCUUGGAAGAUAUAGAAACAUUUAUGGGGAUUUGCCAAGAGAGUUUCGCUAAAAAUCAAGCUGUAGGCGUACAUUGUCGUCAAGGUAGAGGCCGAACAGGCGUUAUGGCAGCCUGUUUUUUAGUUAAAUACCAAAAUUUGCACCCGGAAAAAGCCAUUACGAAAAUCAGUCACCUUCUGCUCUGGUCGACGUGCGGGAUCCUCGCGAUUCACCCUUUGGAAAACCCUUCGCUUUGUACUUCCCGCAAUUCCGACCAAUUGGAAAGAUUCUGCAUGUGCGACGACCUUCCGGUGGAGCCGAAAUGUCAGUGCACAGGACCGGAGUUGGUUGACGUGCCCGCCAAUCUCACGAAGAAUUUGGAAAUUUUGGUGAUCGAAGACGCUGAAUGCUUGGAGGUAUUAAAGAGCGACUCCUUGAAUCCUCACUCGAGGACGCUGAGAGAGUUAACUUUGGCGAACUUGGAGAAGUUUUAUUACUUCGAAAGCGGAGUUUUUCACCAGCUGAAGCAGCUGCAAACGUUGUACAUACAGAGAGCUCCGAAGCUGUUAAAAAUUCAGCCCGACGUCUUCCGAACGUUUCUGCCGAGACUUAAAAUUCUAGACCUGGAGCACAAUCAUAUCAAAGAGAUCCAGACGAGACAAGUAAGCAACGUUAGGGCCGAACAAUUAUUAUUGAAUUUCAAUGAUAUUCGAGUAGUUGAAGAGGCCGCGUUCGCCGGUUCGGAAAUCGCCAAUUUGAGCUUGAAGGGCAACUUUCGACUUCGCCUGCUGCACAAGAGAGCGUUCGCAGGACUGCAGAGCCUGCGAUACAUAGAUUUAUCGGGCACCGCCAUAACUUUCCUGCCGAUCGAAGGCCUGCGGGAAAUCGAUACGUUGAAAAUCCAAAACACCAAGUCCCUGAAAGUUUUUCCGUCCGUUUUCAAUUUUCAGUUUCUGAAAGAAGCCUGGUUGACCUACCCUUACCACUGCUGCGCGUUCAAAUUCCCGAGGACUCACAACCCCUGGGAAUACGAGAAACACGUCAGAUUCAUAAAGGAGCUCCAAUCCGCCUGCAAUACCAAGAACACAACGAGCAACAAAGACCUCAAUUCCGACGGUUUUCACAACUGGCUCCCCGCCAAUUUGAGCGUCAACACCGAAGUGCAGAGCGAGGAGUUCUGGGGCGAGGAGCACGAAGUGUUCCACAACGCCUCCAAUGACGAGUUUUUCGUCAAAACGGCCUAUUGCGGCGAAUUGUCCAGGAAUUAUCACGAGAUAAAAUGCGACCCGAUCCCGGACGCCUUCAACCCUUGCGAAGACCUGAUGGGCAACUGGGGGUUAAGAGUACCGGUGUGGUUCAUAUCAUUCUCGGCGGUAAUAGGAAAUCUAUUCGUAGUCAUCGUCAUAGCCACAUCGCACUUCAGGUUGACCGUCUCCAAGUUCCUGAUGUGCAACCUCGCCAUCGCUGACCUUUGCAUAGGCAUCCAUCUCCUGCUGACAGCUGCUGUAGACGCUUGUUCCAUCGGAGCCUACUUCAAUUCAGCUAUCGACUGGCAGGAAGGAAACGGGUGUAACGUCGCAGGAUUCCUCACUAUCUUCGGGAACAUCCUGUCGGUUUACACGUUAACGGUGAUCACGACGGAGCGUUGGUACACGAUAACGUGGGCGAUACAUCUGAACAAGCGGUUGAAAUUGAGAAACGCCGUGAAAGUGAUGAUAGCCGGGUGGAUUUGCGCGGUUUUCAUGGCCACGCUGCCGCUGCUGGGCGUGAGCAGCUACUCGAAAACCAGCAUCUGCCUGCCGUUGGAGAACAAGGGCAAAGCCGAUACGAUUUAUCUGUCGACGUUGUUGGCUUUCAACGCGGUGGCAUUCGGGCUGAUAUGCGUCUGCUACGGAAGCAUGUACAAGUCCAUACGUGAAGAAUUCAACAUUCUAGGCGGUCGCACCGGCUCCACGACGUCGGUGCGCAGCGACUUCACCGUGGCCAAGCGCAUGGCGCUGCUGGUGUUCACCGACUUCGCCUGCUGGGCGCCGAUCGCCUUCUUCGGCAUCACAGCGCUGCUGGGCUUCCCGCUCAUCACCGUCACGCACACCAAGAUCCUGCUGGUGUUCUUCUACCCGCUCAACUCGUGCGCCAAUCCCUGCCUGUACGCGCUGCUGACGCAGCAGUACCGCCGCGACUUCUUCAUCCUGAUGGGGCGGUACGGGCUGUGCAAGGACCGCGCCGAGCGCCACAAGGGCGCCAUCGGCGGCAAGCCGCUGCCCUACGGGUCGGGGUUGCAGUACAAGAAGACGUACGUGGAGGGCGGGAUGAAGACCGGCGGGGCCAACAGGGCUUCGACGAUGACCAGCAUGACGACGGUGGUGUCGGUGGAGUGCUCGAUGAGGACUAGUUCGAGGAACAAUUCGUCGCGGUACAGGCCCGAGUCCGGCCUGGCUUUGGCCGAUUUUUCGGUGAAGAACAACGCGAACAACUUCCACGAAUGCCACAAGUGCGUGGGAAGUGAUAAUUUGUAAAAUUGUGCGCGGUUUUUUUUGGUAUAAUUGGUUAUUUAGCCCCAUCAAAUUACUCACUAAAUGAACCAAUUUUUAGUUCUCUUGGUUCACUUUGUUCUCAGGAAAAAACUAAUAACCCUCUACAAAAAUCUUCUUUAGGUAUCUCAACAGUUUUGAUUAUACAUCAUGGUGAAAAUUGAAUAUAUUUGGCUAAUUUGAUUGGGUUAAUUAGCUUCAUCUGUGAUUGUAAAACGUUCCAUGUUUAGAGUAAUCAUUUAAAACUCGAUUUCCUGUUGAACUCUAGUUGCACAUUUUUGUGUUUUAUUAGAAAACAUUGUAUGUAAGCACUAUUGUAGUACCA